UGAAUCGUUAGGAUCCUACAUUAACCUAAACCCUAGCAUACAAACUCAGGAGUCUAUACACUCGCAUUCUCUCUGUCUACCGCGUUUUCUUCCAUCUCUGGUGCAACAUUUCAGUACCUUGUCGAACACCUGAAGAUGCCUCCCAAGUCCGCUAAAUCGAAGGAUGCACCGGCUGAGCGACCCGUUCUCGGUCGAUUCUCAUCUCACCUAAAGAUUGGAAUCGUUGGGCUGCCGAAUGUUGGGAAGUCAACUCUUUUUAACACUCUCACGAAACUUUCAAUUCCAGCGGAAAAUUUUCCAUUUUGUACCAUUGAGCCUAAUGAGGCCCGAGUUAAUAUUCCCGAUGAAAGAUUUGAUUGGCUUUUGCAAUUGUACAAACCUAAGAGCGAGGUAUCAGCUUUUCUGGAAAUCCAUGACAUUGCUGGACUUGUUCGAGGUGCUCAUCAAGGACAAGGGUUGGGAAACAAUUUCUUAUCUCAUAUUCGUGCGGUGGAUGGCAUUUUUCACGUUCUACGAGCAUUUGAUGAUCCCGAUAUAAUCCAUGUUGAUGAUACUGUGGAUCCUGUGAGAGAUUUAGAGACCAUAAGUGAAGAACUGAGGUUGAAGGAUGUUGAAUUUAUGGAAAGGAAGAUCGAGGAUCUUGAGAAAAGCAUGAAGAGGAGCAAUGAUAAGCAACUGAAACUGGAGCAUGAGACCUGUCUAAAGGUUAAAACAUGGCUCGAGGAGGGAAAGGAUAUUCGUUUAGGGGACUGGAAAGCUGCUGAUGUUGAGGUCCUGAAUACUUUUCAGUUGCUCACUGCAAAGCCUGUUGUUUAUUUGGUUAAUAUGACAGAGAGAGAUUAUCAAAGAAAGAAGAACAAGUUUCUUCCGAAAAUUCAUGCCUGGGUGCAAGAGCAUGGAGCUGAACCAAUUAUCCCAUUCAGUGGUGUUUUUGAGAGAAAUUAUGCUGACAUGCCAGAAGAUGAAGCUGCUAAAUAUUGUGAUGAAAACAAGGUGCAGAGUGCAAUCCCAAAGAUCAUCAAGACUGGGUUUUCGGCUAUUAAUCUAAUUUACUUUUUCACUGCGGGUCCAGAUGAGGUGAAGUGUUGGCAAAUUAGACGGCAAACAAAGGCUCCUCAAGCUGCAGGGACAAUCCAUACUGAUUUUGAGAGAGGCUUCAUUUGUGCUGAGGUCAUGAAAUAUGAGGACCUAAAAGAACAUGGCAAUGAGGGGGCUGUGAAGGCUGCUGGGAAGUAUCGACAGGAAGGCAAGACAUACGUGGUUCAAGAUGGUGAUAUAAUAUUUUUCAAGUUCAACGUAUCUGGUGGUGGCAAGAAGUGAGCCUGUCAUUGGUAUAGCGAGCUUGCCAUAAUGUUAUAUUGUCUUUGUAACACUGGUGGUGAAAAGAAUCUAAGAAUCAACUUUCAUCGUUGUGAUACAAAUUGGUUUAUUUAACAUUUUUAUGAUAUUCGAAAGUUCAAAUUUUGAGGCAGAUCUUGUAAUUUAUUUUUGGUGGUAGAUUAAUCAGUCGGAGGUGUCUUAAUCAA